AUUUCAGACCAAUUGGGAAAUUACCAAUUGGAAACCAUUUCAAAUGGUCAUGAAAACCAUUAGAACCUAUUUCAAACCAUUUGACACAUUUGAAACCAAUUGGUAAAUCCUAAUGGUUUCAAAUGGAAUUUUUUACUGGGAUAACUCUGGAAAUGUAAAAGUGUAAAACCUACCGCUUUAUCUCGCGAGAGCCGUACCUGGACUUAUUCUUCAAUACAUUCAAGCUGAAAGCCCUAUGCAGGGACGAGCAGCUGUACUCCAGACGAUUGAGGAUGUCGUACCCACUGCAGAUACGAGAUCAUCCUAUUCCUGGCCGUCGCUAUGCAACGGUUGGGAGGGGAGCAUUUGAGGACAAAAUAGCAAAAAUGAGAAUGAGAGAAGAAAACUACUACAAGGUGUGGAACAAUGUCGUUAACUAUUACGAUGCAAUGGAUGUCAAGACAAAGUCUCAUAGCAAGUGGGCAUCAAAUGACUUCUUUGUGCGAAGUUACCAGAAUUACUGCGAGCGGGAGCGAGCGAGGCAGGCGGAGGCCAACCUUGAGCUGCGGCGCUCCAAACUCAAAGAAAAACUGCAGCGGGAAGAUGAAUUAUACAAGAUGGAGCUGUCGCAGCUGCCGGCGCACUGUCGGGCGCGCGCCUGCCGCUCCGACUCGGACGAGUACCGGCUCCGCCAGCAGCGUGUGGAGUCAAUGCGCGCCCAGCUGGAGGAGACGCAGAGACGCCAGGAGCAGGAGAGGCUGGAGCAGGCCCGCCAGCGACUCGAACAGCACUGGCGGAUCAACAACGCCGUGCUGCGGCAGGUGGAGUCUGAGCGUCUGACGGAGGGCGCGCGGCAGAUGUGGGAGCAGCAGAUCCGCGAGAAGGUGGAGCGGGAGCAGCGGCAGCGCGACCAGGAGGAGGCAGAGGAGGAGGAGCGCAGGAGGCGGUGGGAGGAGGAGGAGCGGCGGCUCCAGGAGGAGGAGGAGGCACGCCAGCGCAGUCUGCGGCAGGCGCAGGAGGUGCUCGACAAGCAGAUGGAGGAAAUCAGAGAGAGGGAGCGGGCCGAGGCCGAGCUGCGGGACCAGGAGAACGAGCUGAUGGUGCGCCACCAGCAGAUCGAGGAGGCCAUCGCGCGCCGCCAGGAGGCCGAGCGCCGGCGCAGGUGUCGCCAGAUCAGUCUGUUCCAGGCGCAGCAGUGUAACGCCAAGCUACGGCAGCGCUCAGCAGAGGUGGAGGAGGCGCUCAAAGACGAACAGGACUUCCUCGACGCUCUGAUCGCCUCAGGUGACCGGGACCGUCUGAAGCUGGCGGAGGCGGCCGAGCGAGCCGAAUCCAAGCAGCUGAGACAGGUGCUGCAGAAACAGCUGGAGCUGGAGCAGCAGCGGCGCGGCCAACUCGAGCUGCUCUUCAAUGAGGAGGCGGAGCGGUUAUGGCGGCGGCGCGAGGCCGACUGGGCGCGCGAGGAGCAGGCGCGCCGCCGUCUCAUGGAGGACGUGGUCGCCAGCUGGCGGCAGCAGAGUGAGCAGCGCCUGCAGCGGUGCCGCGCCGACCGGCAGCGCGAGGCCGAGCUGCGCGAGGCGGCGGCCGCGCGCGCCGAGGAGCAGCGCCGCUUCGUGCAGCAGACGGAGGAGCUGCGCCGUCAGCGGCAGGCCGAGCUGCGAGACAGCUGGGCCAGACAGGUGGAGGACAAGACUCGCCGCCGGGACGCCGAGAUACGGGAGGAGCAGAGCGAGCUGCGGCACCAGCAGGAGGCCGACCAGCGCGAGAUGGAGCGACUGCAGCAGGAGCUCAGCAGGAUGCAGUUCAAUGCCAGGAGCUUCAACCAGUAUCGGGACCACCGCCAGACUCGGAAACUGGCCUGGUGAACUGCAAACGGCUCGACCACGUCGAGUAGGAUCGGCUCUGUGAUCUCACCAAGCGCGGAACAACUUUCUUUGGACCAACCGCAUGUCGGCUCAACUUUGUGAGCCAGCUGUACCCACGUGAAGUGAGUCGUAUGCGUACAAUCAUAUGUGAUGCCAAGACCCAAGUCCCUUGUCGUAUCCCUACAACCGUGUCAUACUUAUUCUGGACCAUCCAUGUUGUCCCGACUGUGGAUGCGCAAGUCAUUCGAGAUGACUGUAGACGGAUUAACUAGUCCCAGCCCUGUGGAUCUACCACGGCCCAGCGGCCAACUCUGGAUUUCUAGAGUAAGGCGCUGGGUGUUAUCUCCGCUACGGGAAUCGGUGCCUUGUCUUAUCGAGUGAUGUCGUAUCCCGCGUGCGUGUGCCUUUCUCUGCUCAAGCAGCGUUCGCUAGCGAGCGUCACAAGCUCACUGUGUUGUGCGAUAGUUUAGUGAAUUACUGCACAUGUGUGCUGGGGCUCGCCACAGACCCACGGCCGGCCUGAAUCACUCGGCGUGGCCACCCUACAGUGUGGCGAAGAGUGUGUUGUCAGUCGAGCUCAGCUACAAUCUGAUCGGAUAUGUGUUUGACAUGUGAAAUGGCGUGUUUGUAUUUAUGAAUAAACAACACAUCGUUAA